AUGCACAAGCCGCACACAACGUCCAAGUACAGGAAGGAAAGUGCUAGGCGUGUAGGGGAGGGAGGUACUGGGGGAAUAUAUAUGGCACGGAACAUAGCCACUGGGGAGCGCGUUAUUCUUAAGGAAAUAAAGUUAAGCAGUGCCGACGAGGGACUAGCAAUAUCAGGUCUUCGGGAGAGCUGCAUAUUAUCUUCGUGCAGACACGAAAACAUCAUCAGAAUUAUCGAGACCUAUUACUGGCGGAAAAACAUCAUCCUUGUGUUAGAGCUCUGUGAAAGGGACAUCGGCGCUGUACUGAACGAUGGAUAUACCAUUCCAAAGGAGUUCCGCCAGUCCAUUUUCUUUAUGGCUCUACGGGGGUUGCAUUACCUCCACAGUAAGUGGAUUUUGCACCGUGACAUAAAACUGUCGAACAUCUUGAUUGCACACGACGGAACAAUAAAGCUGACUGACUUUGGUCUGAGCAGGUAUUACAAAUAUAAUGGCUUUGACACUGGCAAUGUAGGAACACAGACAUAUAGAGCACCCGAGCUAAUUUUGAAGGGGCAGCAAUCCACACCUGCAUCCGAUGUGUGGAGCAUGGGCAUCUGCUUCUGUGAAAUCAUUUUUGGGUGCGAUGGAUCAAACUACACGUUCUAUGAUAUGGUCUCUUACGAGUUGAGCAUGAUGACGCAUGAACCUGGCGGCAGCGGCUGCCAGCGCCAUAAGGCAAUCAACGCCAAAGAUUUUAGGGAAGAAAUACCGAAGUCUCACGGGGACGUACGCGACACAACAAUGCUCACUACUCUAAAGGAAGCCCUUGGCUAUCCAUCUUUGGAGGAGCGACAAGGUCUUUCACAAAAUGACAUUUAUCGUGUGAUAUUCCCGGACGAGAAACAUAACAAGGAAAGCAACCAUGCGCCGAGCAAUCCUUCCAGACUACUUAGAGAUAUACUGCACAAACAUGGCGGGUCUGAAGAGGAAAUAGACCUCAUUCUUCACAUGCUGAAUUGGUCGCCCUAUAUAAGGUACACCUCAGAUCAGUGUCUUAGUCACCACAUGUUCGCUAAUAUUUACUCCAGUUCCAAAGUAGAUUGUACAAAUAAAGUUGAUAGCCAAAUUAUUCACAGUAGCCCUUCUGUUGUGAAGCACAGAUUAUCAGAGUUUCCUCGCAACAACCACCUAACCACACGGCCAGAUCAGAAACACAAGCAAGUCGCUAUACCACGACUCAAUACGCACAGCAUAGUUCAAGACCAUGUCCUCGACUUUGACGCACAGGUGCAGUUUCAUAGUAUUGACGGUCAGCGAGACCUUUCGUAUUCCUUUUUGCUUGGUGCCUCUAUGCUUGGUGAAAACUCUAACACGCCCCACUGUGGUCGGCACGAGUCUAACAAGCAGGAGAACGGUGUGCUCUCCAGGUUGCCCCUUCCACUAGAGUGUUCGGACGACAGUUCAUGCGUAGUGUCAUCAAAGAGAUCCCACCCGCCGGUAUGUCGCGAACAGGACCAAGAAGACCCAGUGCUACUCAACAUGCUCAACAGCCUUACAGGUGGGUGUAAUGAAGAUCAGCUAGAAAGCGUGCAUCGAAGUAGUCCUUUUGGAUGUUUGUCUAGAAAUUGGCAACAGAGCGCGUUUCAUCAAGAAGCCACCAAUGUAGACAAUUCUUGGGAUGAUGCUAGUUAG